AUAACGCGAUCUAACCCAAGAACAUUUAUUAUGAAUAAUAUUGGUCGCGAAGGCUUACGUGUUAAAUGUUGUUACUUGCUUGGUGAUGUUUUUCUGCUCAGCCUGCAUUCUGACCUACAGAAUUCAGGCCAACCUGUGAAGCAAAAUCGGCCCAGAGAAUUUAGGCCUGAGGCUAAAAUGGCAGUCAACUUGAGUUGAUCAAAACAUGGAAUGGUGGGGGCUCAAAUCGAAUUCCGUGGCUCAUGGCUCAUGGUAUUGCCGUAUUUCCAUCUACCGGGCCCCCUUUACAGCUCUGCAAAUACAGCCAACUCUCAAUUAUUUCUCGAGUAAUUUUGGGGGGGAAGGGGGGCGGGGCCUGGUAACCUUGAUUAAUAAAAGAAAAUGCAGAUAAUGCAAAACACAUGCCAAUUAGGAUGCAAAACAUUUGUUGAAUGGGGCGAAGACCUAGAAUGUCUCAAGUCUGUUUUUUUUAUUGCUGCUUGGAGUAAUAUGUUUACUUCCCAGCGCGCGUGUUGGUAUUUGCGGUGGGCACGUGACAGUGGGCAACAGCCAAUAAUGAAAGCACUGUGUGCUUAGAGAUAUUUGAUUGAUUUUGUUUGCAAGCACGGUCAAUCGACCAGCCAGGGAAUCUGCCCGCGGAUAAUCGAGAAUUAACACUGGGGCCUUGGUGCACAUGACGACGUUUAACGUGAUCCACUAAGGCAACGGAAAGAUUACUGGGCUAUGGGCAGGCUCAGAAUACAGAGUGUUGAGGAGCAGGAUGGACAGGUGGCUAAGCACACACGCGUGCGUACACAGCAGCCUGGCCGCACGGGCACCCAGGCAUGAAUACAAAUGUACACAUGGGAAAUCGUGAGACUGCCACUGAACACAAUGCGUAUUAUCACAAAGCAUUCGACUGUACUUAUUGUAUUUAUAAACGUGUUUUUUUUCAUUUUAACAGUUUUGGUGGCGCUCAUUAUUGUGCGCACGUGAUUUCUUCUUUCGUGGGGUUGAAGUUUUUUUUACUCUUACAGAAUUGACGGGGAGUACGAGCUUACGGGAGUAAAAAUCCAUUUUCCCUACUCAAAAUAGUCAGGCAAAAUUGAAACCUUCCUGUUGCAAAUAAAGAUCAGACAUAAAUACGUGGAUAAACGCAAAAAAAAGUUACAGAAUGUUAAAUUGAACAAAAAUAUAUUUUGAGGUCCUAUUGCUUAUGAGGGUUUGGGGAAGGGACUGUUUUGUGGAUUAGCAAAAUUCACGGAGAAGAGGAAUUUUUACUUUUAUCUGCAUCUUAUCCAUGCAAACACGGAUAUUGGGAUGAAUUUCAGAUGUAUUCCUCUUUCCUGCCGCAAAUAUUUGAAUAAUAAUGUGUUAUAUCGCGCCGUUCAUGUAAAUGGAAUCUCACAAUCGCCAAGGAACCACUAAAAAGCUGGAAGGCAGCCACACGCAGUUCUCUAGAUAUGAAGAUGUUUUCAGCCAAUUAAUGAGUGUUCAUACAUGUGGGAGGAAACCGGAGAGCACCCAGCGAAAAUAGAAAGAUGUAGAAGUGUAGUGGUGCUGUAUAAUGGCGUUGUAUAGUGUAAUGUGCCUUGUGUCACGGCUGUGAUAGCGUCAGCAGUGCAGGAGGCAGCAGUAGUGGCAAAAUCAUCACCAUCAUUAUAUUAUCUUCUUGUUAUCAUGGGCCAUGGUCUGUCCACUUAUGGAUGAAGGCCUCUCCGUGCUGUCGCCACCGCUUAUGGUCUUGUGAUGCUGCAGUAUAUCUCACAAACUUAUGUCAUCUCGCUCCAUCCCUGCCAUAGGAGUUGUUGUGGACCGCGGGUGAAUCAUGGAUAUUUAGGGCAUGUACAUUUUUUGGUGAAUGGAUUUUUGGAGUUUCACUCCACGUUCUGUUGCACUAUUGCCCAAUUAUUUAGCACUAUUGCCUACACAGGCAAAAUGGUAUACAGUACAUAACAAUGAUUGUGUAAGCAAAAUACAGCGUCUGACUGCAUUCCCUUACCCGCAAGUGGCAGAGUCCAAAGUCACACCCCCAAAAUCCGCCAGAAGUCCCAUCAGAUUUUUUGAGAUGCAAUGAAAUGUUUGCAUGAUGAUUAUAAAUAAAAAAAAACUGGCCUGUGCUGCUGCUUUCCUAGAAUGGCAUGACGUGGCUCUUUCCUGUACCAAAGCUUCAAGAAUAAAGACAAAUAAUUGCAUUUAUAAAAUGUGUAGAUACUACAGCAUCUCGAUACGAGCACAGCACCACCAACAACGAGUUCACCACAACCAACAUUUCAACAAUCUCGACACCAUGGCACUAACAGGCCCCGAGCAUGCGCAUUUAUGUUUAACUUCUUUCGCAUCGUACGUAGCCAACCUUGCUAAUCGGAGUAGGUGCAGACGUGUGAUAGCAGAGGGGCCCCGCUGUAACAAAGCCCCAGCAGCUCCUAGAUGGGACGUGGCACAGCCGCUGCAUGCCUCACGUAAGCCCCAGAUGAGCCAAUUGCUGCCCGGGCGUCACCCAAAGCGGACCCCGGGAGAUGCAAACACCCCCGCAGAGCACAACAUCUGCAGCCCCCCCUCUCCCCUCUCCAGGGACGUCGAACACAACCCUGAGAUUAACUAUGGCCCAAACCAAGCAAGAGGUGGGGGUGGGGGGGAAGCAAUGGCUAAGGAAGAAAACAGGGCCCCAGCGAAGAGUGAAAAGCAACAGCGAAAUAACAAGUAAAUAAGUAAAUAAAUAAUAUUAUACUAAAUCAUAAUGAAAGUUGUGUGUGGCUCUGUGGGCUCAGCCAGCCCCCUGCACUCUGCCCUCCCCUCACCCUCCCACUCUCCAUCCGCGUCCACGGCUGGAGGGGAGUGAUUUUUUUAAACUCUCGCUGCCUGCCCUGCUGGCACGUGGCGCUAUGGUUAGAUAGAACGCUUCACUCCGAGGGAUCUCUUUGUAUAUAUGGACCAUAAUGAGCAAGGGCAGCUGAAGUGCAGGCUAUGGCAGGAGCGGUGGCGAUGAGUAGCCGCGGCUGCCUGACUCACGCUCCGCCCAUCAAGCGCCCGCCCGAGGACGAUGACAUCGACGACUAUGGAGGCUUGGCCAGCUCUUCCCCUUCCUCGUCCGACUACGGCAUGGCCUACCAAGGCCAACACAGCCCGUCCUCGUCUUCGUGCGACGCCCCGAAGCGGGACGGCUCCAAAAAACACAAAGGUGCCUAUAUGCCCAGCUACCUGGACAAGAAUGAGCCCUGUGUGGUAUGCGGGGACAAGGCAACUGGCUACCACUACCGGUGCAUCACCUGCGAAGGAUGCAAGGGAUUCUUCAGGCGCACCAUCCAGAAGAACCUGCACCCAUCGUAUGCAUGCAAGUACGAGGGCAGCUGCAUCAUCGACCGGAUCACGCGGAACCAGUGCCAAGAGUGCCGCUACCAGAAGUGCAUCGCUGUGGGCAUGGCCUCUGACCUGGUGCUGGACGACAGCAAGCGCCUGGCCAAGCGGCGUCUGAUCGAGGAGAACCGGCAGCGGCGCAAGCAGGACGAGAAGCGGCGCAACGUCAUCGAGCGACCGGGGCCCAGCGACAAGGAGUGGGAGCUGAUUCAGCUCGUCACGGCCGCCCACUGCACCACCAACGCCCAGGGGAGCCAGUGGAAGGAGCACAGGCGAUUCCUGUCUGAGGAUAUUGGCCAGGAGUCCGUGCUGUCCAGCCUGGAUGGGGAUGAUAAGGUGGACCUCCAGGCCUUUACCCACUUCACAGCCAUCAUCACUCCGUCCAUCACCCGGGUUGUUGACUUUGCCAAGAAGCUGCCCAUGUUUACCGAGCUGCCGUGCGAGGACCAGAUAGUGCUGCUCAAGGGAUGCUGCAUGGAAAUCAUGUCUCUGCGCGCCGCCGUGCGCUACGACCCCGAGAGCGACACGCUCACGCUCAACGGCGAGGUCGCGGUCAAGAAAGAGCAGCUGAAGAAUGGCGGCCUGGGCCUCGUAUCGGACGCCAUAUUCGACCUGGGCCGCUCGUUGGCGGCCUUCAGCUUGGAUGACACGGAGGUGGCGCUACUGCAGGCGGUGCUGCUGAUGUCUACGGAUCGGCCUGGGCUGGUAAAUGUGGACAAGGUGGAGAAGCUGCAGGACACCUACCUGCUGGCUCUGGAGCACUACAUCAACCACCGAGAGCACCGCCUGAACCACUUCUGGCCCAAGCUGCUCAUGAAGGUGACAGACCUCCGGCUCAUUGGGGCGUGUCACUCCAGCCGCAUCUUGCACAUGAAGGUCACGUGCCCCUCCGUGCUUUUCCCUCCGCUCUUCCUGGAGAUCUUCCAGGACUGACGGGAGUCGAGAGAACUUGCGCGCACAAGCUGCCGUCCUCCUCUUGACCCUUGAGCCUAUCCCUAGCCGUAUGCUGACCUUUGCCCUGCGAGGCAUGUCACUGGGCUAAUGAGGUUAAGGCAGCCAGGUACACUACAGUUUUGUAAUUUAAAGUUGUCAUCAUUCAUGUACAUGGACAGUUCUAACACUUUAUUCUUACAAAGAUGUCACGGUCUUCUGGAUGAGGCUGUUAUUUUUUUUGUGUAUGAUGUUUAAAAGCUGACUUUAUUAUCUAAGGUUAAAGCAUUUAAUUUAUGUUUUUAAAGUUAUGGUUGGAGAACAUUUUAUAUACCACAUUUAUACAUAGUCUCUUUUCGUGGCAUACAAUAACAAUCCUAUAUGUGUGGCAUAUAACAUGCAAAUAUGUUUGAGUCAUGGCCAAAUGUUGAGUGGGUUUUGAUUUGCAGCGUUUGUGAUUGGAAUCAGUGCUGUUAGAGGUGGUUAAGCAGUAGAUAUAAAACUGUUUGCGAUUGUGGUUAAUGAGAUAAAAGUAUAGGCUUUUGUCUGCUUCAAGUAAAACAUAAUUAGAAUUAAAAUGUAGCUAUUAUUAUUUUGCUGUUUAUACCAAUGCUUGCUGUUUUUAAUCGGCCUACUUUGUGACUUCAUCAUAUACCGUAGUGAAUUUGACCUCUAUGCAUAGUUUUUCAUAGCUUUUACGAUCAUGUUCAUUAUUCCAAAAUCUAUUUUUGAUGCCUGUAUUUAAAUCGAAUCGCUAUCGUGACGUCUACAAUAUGAGAAUAGUAAUAAUCUGCAUUAUUGAUGAUGGCUCUUUCGUACAUUGAGUUAAUUUGGAAAUAGGUUCAUGAUUCUGAAUGUCACUAUUUUAUGAGGCAUUUACCCGAAAUAUCGAUUCAUAAAAUGUUUUUAACAGUAUACAAUUUUAAACAAUAAAACAUGAAAACAGUGGUACAUGAAAGCCAUUGUACUUAGAGUAAAACCUCUGGAAGCCAGACUAUUUGGGGGGGAUAAGCCCAGUUAUGGGGGAUACCCAGCAAACUACAAUUUAAAUAACACACUGAACUAAAACUAAACUCCUUUUUAUUUUAACAGGUAAAGGCCCACUUAGCUUACAUAGCUCUUUUUCACAAGUGACCUGGCCAUAAAUGACAGCUCAACCACGUGGCUUAACACGUGGAAAUGUAUAGCUGGCCAAAUACUUUAAACACAAUUAUUAACAUUCCAUUACGUGCAGCGGAGACGGAAGAAUGGAUGAUUCUUUAACCCAAUAAACAAAAUGAUUCUCCCAGGCUUGAAUAAACUUUUAUUGUUAAAGCCAGUUUUAUAUGAUUUCAGUGAACCUGUUGCAAUGUUCAGAAGUAAUUCGUGCGUUUAGAAUUUUCCGACACAAAAUAUGGCAUCGAGAUUUACGCCACAUCAUAACCGCACGCGGUGUGAACGUUUGUUCCGGUUGGAUUGUGUUUUUUUUAUUUAUUUGUCACAUUUUCUUGUUUUUAUUUAGGUAGCCUUUUCCGGCUAACCCUUUAAUUUUGGCUUAAACAAGUCUGGCUUCGUGAGGUUCCUCUGUAUAAACAAUUAUCGACGCAUUUCGUUAUUAACUUUUGGUCUGGCAAAUUGCUGAAAGUUUACUUCAUGAACGACUGUACUGUAGAUUGUGACUUUUAUUCAUAUUGUAAUAUAAUAAUUUAAAUUAUAAAUCAUGAUUUGUUGCCUGUAAAAGUGACAUGUAAAUAAAAUAUUAAACUAUGACAUUCUAAAAAAAAAAGGAACAUUGGUUAAAUAUUUGAAGAAUUAAACAUUUACGAAAGUGCUAAGAGAAUAAAGAAAUAAAUCAUCACAAUGUUGUCACGAGAAUCAUGGCAUUAUCAUGGCAUAGUGAGUGGCAUGUGUUUGUAGCGAACACGUCUUGUGUAAGAAUUUCACGUUUCCCAUUUUUUUGCCAAAAGGACUCGGCGUGAAUCCUCUCGCCGCGCAUGUAUAUUUCCGAUCAAAUUUAAAAUAGUGCCCCGUCCGUUGUCUUGCAAUUUUCAAAAGCAUUCAAUAAAGCAGUGUUCUACCUCAAACUUCACGCGUUUAGAAGCAACUGAAGGCCUAAUAAGUGCAACCAUUUGAAAUACAUAUCUGCAUGCAGCAGCAGGCUUGACGUCUCCAUCCUGCGUCAACUGUUCCACGCAGUCCAGGCUUGUCCUCAAGCAGCGGCGUUGGCGUUUCAUUUUGAGUCCUCGACAUUGAAAGUGAACACGUUGAGCGUACAAGUGAACAUUCUGGUAGGUCCAGCGUGCAGGGGGUGCUGCAGAUCGUUGGCAGUGUUGCAAGCGGUCGCUUGCCGCCCGUACUCGCAAGGCUGUGCUCCGGACGUAUAUUUUUUAUUCGGUGCUAAUGCACUCUGAUUGGCAAUGAAUAGGGGGGGGGGAAGGGGUGUCAUCCCAUCGUUUGUCUCUUAAUAGCACGUAAAUUGGUUUUUAGUCAACAAAAAAUAUGCCGUCAAUACUGUUUGCUGCUCACAAAGUCGUGAUAUGCAAUGUUUAUACUCGCUACAGCGACACUGCCGUGGUGAUCGCGUACACGAGUCUUAGAGCGAGCGCGUGAGCCCGUUCAUUUUUCACAGCGAGGCGGUGGUGGGGGGGGGGGGGACGCGUACAGCGUGAGGUACAGCGUGAGGUCCCCGUGACCAUAGUCGUGACGCGCAUUGCCGACUAACCCCACAGCAGCUCUUUUUUUUAUAUAUAUCGCUCGUCAAAUACACUUUGCAACAAUCGGCACAUAUUCCUACGGCAUUUGGGCACAGGUCUUGUGUCUGCAACCAAUGCGUCCUUGCCAUUGUGUUAAUGCAGGUUCAGCUUGUCUUCUGACACGUCGUCCCUGCUGGUAAUUGGCAACGCAGUUCUCUACCGGGACAUCUGCAUUCUCCGGCAUUGUGCUUGACUUGAUAACAACAACAACAACAAUAAAACGUUGUUGUAUGCCUUAAAGUUUGGUUGACUCGCCGUACAAGGCUGCUCCGUCACUCACCGCUUUAGGCCAGGGAGGCGUUGGAUUGUUUAUCAUUAAUUCAUCAGCUGAUAAUUAUUCAAAUCUGUCCUAUUUAUAUCACGUACGGACGCACGCACGCUUUGCGACACAGUCUUUUAUCGCAAGUCAAGAGGUGCCGGACAAACCCCCCCCACCCCCCCCGACCGUUUGCUCGAGCGCUCUUCUGCACAGAUGUGCAGAGCCCACGUGGCUUAGCCGACAGCUGCAUUCAUCUCUUGAUGAUAAUUGAUUUAGUAUUCAUACAUUGCCUGACUGAGCUAUUAUGUGGAAAAGUCAAAGCAGGGUCCUUAAGCAUUGAUAUAGUCAAGACUAGAGGCCUAAUGUGACUCAGCCGAGUCGGAGCUCUUGCGUACGUCUUUACAAUUGCCACAAAUGAUGCGUGUAGAAUUUUCAGUGAAAGCAUUCUACAGGGAAUUUCAGAGUACAGUUUAAGUGAAACAUGAACCAGAGUGUAGCGUUCCUUGACGCGACUGAAUGCAAUGUGUCACACGAGGCAGUUGUAAGCGGAGUGGUAAGACUGCAUAGGAGUUAAUAGCUGUGUAUUGAACGUAAUCGUCAAAUUGAUAUACGGUACAAAAAAAGCGUAAUUCCUGUAAAAUAACUUUCCAAACCUCAAACCUUGCAGAGAAGUCACGAAGGACGUUCACCUGUUAUUGAUCUCGCCGAUUUAAGCGUUUACAUUUGAACAUGCCAUGAAUGAUCUUCCUGCGGAAGGAAUAACGCACUGUAAAUGUGUUACACUUAAAUGUUUAAACGUAAACGAGCAUGUG